UCUCAGUCACACACACGGACAUGUGGAUCUGCAGAGCUGCAGAGCUGCAGAGCUGCACAGCGGGCCAGCUGAUCCGCGGCUGGAUGUUUAUGAUGUUUAUGAGCCGCUCCGACUCGGAAACGCGCAGGUUCUGAUCCAGAAAAUGGUGGAGAUGAUUCUGUCACGCUGAGGAACCGACCAAUCAGCAGCCAGGAUGAUGCCCAAGCAGCAGCCUCCCCCGACGUCACCAGGAAGUGUGUUGUCUCUCCGAGGGGGCGGAGUCCCAGGAUCCCCCGCCAUCGUCAUCACGGCCAGACUGGACGACGGCGUCGUCGGCUACAAAGAUCUGGCGGCUCUGCCGACGGAGAAAUCCAUCCUGGACAUCGAGAGACCGGAUCUGAUGAUCUACCAGCCGCAUUUCAGCUACAGCCCCCUGGAGAGGUCGAUGUCUCCUCGAUCCAUCUCUCCGUCUCCAGAGAACUCCUCCAAGGAGGCCCGGGAGUGGCUGGAGAACCGGUCUGCUGGAUGUUCCUCCCCGGGUUCCUCGGCCCAGAGCAGCAGAACCUCAGACACCCCCCCCACCGGGGCCCCCCCCACUGGGGCCCCCCCCACCGGGGCCCCCGGCCCCCCGUCGUCUGGAACCAGGACCAGCAUGCAUCACUUCCACACACCCGGAAACGGCAGCAACAUUUAUAAAAAGCCUCCCAUCUACAAACAAGACCCGUCCUCCUCCGUUCUUCUCCAGGGGAAACACAUCGAGGAAUUGAUCAUUGAAUCCUCCAAGUUUCCGGCAGCUCGACCUCCAGACCCGAACCAGCCGUCCCGGAUCGAGACCGAGUCCUGGCCCUGCCCGCCCUCGCUGGCUGUGAUCGAGAGGGAGUGGAGGAGGAGGAGUCGGCUGGACGAGGAAGAGGAGGAUGAGGAGGAUGAAGAGCUGUGGGGCCUGAAGACGCUUCACAACCAGCAGCUGAACCAGGUUCAGUCCAAUCUGGGUCGGAUCAUCUUGAAGGAGGAGAUUCAAACGUCUGCUCCUCUGAGGAGGAAAACCCGGUCCCUACCGGACCAGAACCAGAACCAGAACCCUGGCUCCAGGUUGGUUUAUUUCCCAGAAUCCUCCAGGAGCGACUAUUUCCCAGCAUCCUCCAGGAGCGGCCCGUCCAGCCUCCGGUCUGCAGAGUUCAGCUCAGAGAAAACUCCACCAGGGUUCCAGAACGGAUCCAGGAUGGACCGAGGAACGUCGCUGCCCAGCAUGCUGGACAACAAGAUCUUCCCGUAUGAGAAACUCGUCGUCUCCCGCCGAGGUCGCGCUAGACUCCCCCCCGAGGUGGACCGGACCAGACUGGAGAAACAUCUCUCCCAGGAGGAAUUCUUCAGAGUUUUUGGAAUGUCCUCCGAGGACUUUGACCGUCUCUCUCUGUGGAAGAAGAACAACCUGAAGAAGAAGGUCUGUCUCUUCUGACGUCGCCGCGGCAACCACGACAACCACGACAACCCACAAUCCCCUGCUGCGACCACAUUACCCACAAUCCCCCGCUGGAGUGGCCGGCGGGCUGCAGACUCCUCCACCAUCUUCCCACUCGUCACACGUUUCCAUCGUCUGGUUCAACGUCCAGAAACUGCAGGAAUCUUCAUCUCCACGAACUCGGAACUAGAGAACCAGCAGAAAAGAAACGUUCCUGUUGGAUCUCAGGGGUUUCUGAGGAUCCUGGAGGAUCCUGGAUCUACAAGGUCCCAGAACCUUCUCAUUGGCUCUGCCAGCUAUGAUGUCAUAGUGGAGGCGUGUCCUCCACAGAACUGAGGAGAAAAACAAGGAUGAGUUUGAUUGCAGCCCUGCAGGAUAAACGUGUGGAGAUGAUCUGAUGGAGGGCUUCCUGGUUCUGGUUUCACCCCCCAGGGGCUCAGAUCUGGUCCACUCUAGACCUGGUUCUGGAUCCAGAUCCAGAUCCAGGUUCAGGUUCAGAUCUGCUCCACACAACCUGGUCCUUAAACUAAUGAAGAUUCAAACAUCUCAGUCCCACCAGAACCCGGUUCCUCCUCGGUUCUGCCAUCAAACUGUUUCUCCUGUUUUUCUCUGCAGUUUAAUAAAAGCCUAUUCGGCGACACAAACUCACCCAAACGCACUUUUGAGAUGUUUGCAGUGUAGAAACUCACCUGUGAGAUGUUUGCAGUGUAGAAACUCACCUGUGAGAUGUUUGCAGUGUAGAAACUCACCUGUGAGAUGUUUGCAGUGUAGAAUAGUGACGAUAAACGCAGUCUUCACGCACCUCCAGGACCUCCAGGACCUCCAGGUCCUCCAGGACCUUCAGGUCCUCCGGUGAAGGACAACAUGACCUACAAAGUAGGACAUGAACGCCGUCCGUUCAACAUCUCCUUCCAUGCUGGAGACGUUUAUUGUGGACCUUGGAGACGUUUGGUUCCAACGUUGGAGAUGUUUGGUGACCGUUCCAACGUUGGAGAUGUUUGGUUCCAACGUUGGAGAUGUUUGGUGACCGUUCCAACGUUGGAGAUGUUUGGUACCAACGAUGGAGACGUUUGGUUCCAACGUUGGAGACGUUUGGUUCCAACGUUGGAGACGUUUGGUUCCAACGUUGGAGACGUUUGGUUCCAACAUUGGAGAUGUUUGGUGACCGUUCCAACGUUGGAGAUGUUUGGUACCAACGUUGGAGAUGUUUGGUACCAACGUUGGAGACGUUUGGUAUCAACGUUGGAGAUGUUUGGUGACCGUUCCAACGUUGAAGAUGUUUGGUACCAACGUUGGAGAUGUUUGGUACCAACGUUGGAGAUGUUUGGUACCAACGUUGGAGACGUUUGGUUCCAACGUUGGAGACAUUUGGUUCCAACGUUGGAGAUGUUUGGUGACCGUUCCAACGUUGGAGAUGUUUGGUUCCAACGUUGGAGAUGUUUGGUUCCAACGUUGGAGACGUUUGGUGACCGUUUCCAACGUUGGAGACGUUUGGUUCCAACGUUGGAGACGUUUGGUUCCAACGUUGGAGACGUUUGGUGACCGUUUCCAACGUUGGAGAUGUUUGGUUCCAACGUUGGAGAUGUUUGGUUCCAACGUUGGACACGUUUGGUUCCAACGUUGGAGACGUUUGGUUCCAACGUUGCAGACGUUUGGUUCCAACGUUGGAGACGUUUGGUUCCAACGUUGGAGACGUUUGGUGACCGUUUCCAACGUUGGAGACGUUUGGUUCCACCGUUGGAGAUGUUUGGUUCCAACGUUGGAGAUAUUUGGUUCCAACAUUGGAGACAUUUGGUUCCAACGUUGGAGAUGUUUGGUUCCAACGUUGGAGACGUUUGGUGACCGUUCCAACGUUGGAGACAUUUGGUUCCAACGUUGAAGACGUUUGGUUCCAACGUUGGAGACGUUUGGUUCCAACGUUGGAGACGUUUGGUGACCGUUUCCAACGUUGGAGAUGUUUGGUUCCAACGUUGGAGAUGUUUGGUUCCAACGUUGGACACGUUUGGUUCCAACGUUGGAGACGUUUGGUUCCAACGUUGCAGACGUUUGGUUCCAACGUUGGAGACGUUUGGUUCCAACGUUGGAGACGUUUGGUGACCGUUUCCAACGUUGGAGACGUUUGGUUCCACCGUUGGAGAUGUUUGGUUCCAACGUUGGAGAUAUUUGGUUCCAACAUUGGAGACAUUUGGUUCCAACGUUGGAGAUGUUUGGUUCCAACGUUGGAGACGUUUGGUGACCGUUCCAACGUUGGAGACAUUUGGUUCCAACGUUGGAGACGUUUGGUUCCAACGUUGGAGACGUUUGGUUCCAACGUUGGAGACAUUUGGUUCCAACGUUGGAGAUGUUUAGUUCCAACGUUGGAGAUGUUUGGUUCCAACGUUGGAGACGUUUGGUUCCAACGUUGGAGACGUUUGGUUCAUACGUUGGAGACGUUUGGUUCCAACGUUGGAGACGUUUGGUUCCAACGUUGGAGACGUUUGGUUCAUACGUUGGAGACGUUUGGUUCCAACGUUGGAGACGUUUGGUUCAUACGUUGGAGACGUUUGGUUCCAACGUUGGAGACAUUUGGUUCCAACGUUGGAGAUGUUUAGUUCCAACGUUGGAGAUGUUUGGUUCCAACGUUGGAGACGUUUGGUGACCGUUUCCAACGUUGGAGAUGUUUGAUUCCAACGUUGGAGAAGUUUGGUUCCAACGUUGGAGAUGUUUGGUGACCGUUUCCAACGUUAGAGACGUUUGGUUCCAACGUUGGAGACGUUUGGUUCCAACGUUGGAGAUGUUUGGUUCCAACGUUGGAGAUGUUUGGUUCCAACGUUGGAGACGUUUGGUUCCAACGUUGGAGAUGUUUGGUUCCAACGUUGGAGACGUUUGGUUCCAACGUUGGAGAUGUUUGGUGACCGUUUCCAACGUUGGAGAUGUUUGGAGAUGUCGGAAAUCGGCUUGCGUUGCUUUGUGACCAAAUAAUGUGCAGCUAUUUUUAACCUCGUAGAGAAGUUUCAGAGUCUACAACUCAGACGAGCACAAGUAUAAAGAAGAAAAGGACGUUGCUGAGUUUGAAACCACAGAGGAAUGAUGGGAAACGGCUGGAUGUUUUCCGUCAUGAACUCUUCAGUACCAACAUGGCAGUGAAUUGUCAGUUAAUUGUCAGUGAAUUGUCAGUUAAUUGCCAGUAAUCCACCAGCUGCUAACAGCUAAACCACAGUAACUCGCACCUUUAGAUCCUCCCAGCGUCUCCGGCGUCGGCUGGACCGGGUUUACUGGUGACACCAGCACGAUGUCAAAAUCAUAAAGAUUAAAUCACCAUUUGUUUGCUGUGGUUUUUGAAAACCUUAUGUCCAUAACUAACAUGCCAAAUAUCAAAAACUGGUCACCAAGUGCAGGAUUUCCAUGAAUUCCCUCCCAGCUAUAAAUUUAAAUCAGUUAAAUGAUAAAGUAACUGCUAGAACUGUUACUGUUACAUUUAAUUACACUAAAUCUUUAUUUGGACGAGGUUUAACUGCCUGACUUUUCAGUCCUGAACCUUUAAUCACCUUUAAUCCCGAGUUCAGCCGUUCACCUGAGCUUUAACUCACCACUCCACUUCCUGGUCCCUGGACUACCAAAAUAAAAGCCUGGAGAUGAAGCUGGAGGAAAGUUGGUGAAUAAUAAGCAUUGGAGGAAAGUUGGUGGAUAAUAAACAUUGGAGGAAAGUUGGUGAAUAAUAAGCAUUGGUCACUUUACUAAGAGUUUUUCUUUUGUUGAGAAGAGUCCCGCUUUGAUCUGAUUGGUUCUUUAGUUAGAAACUUGCUGGGAUUUAAGACACAAAAGAUUGUUUCAUGUUUGUAUUUUUUACGUUUUUGAUGUGUUUUAUUCUGUUUUAGUUUGAUUAUUUUAACACAACAGGAAACUUCGACCAAUGAGACGGUCAAACUGCUUUUACAUGAGAUUAAAGGAACAUUUAUUCUGGUUUGUUUGCAGAAAGUGUAAUUUUAUUAAACAUUUCCACCAAACUCCAGUGACCCUUCAGUACAAUCUUACCAGGAAUAUUUGUCCUUUUUCUAGUUAAAAUGUCUCAUUUUUAGUCAAAAAAAUCUCAUUACACUUAAAACGGAUUUGCCAGUGGAACAAGAUUUAUCUUCUUAUUACAAGCAAAAAAAUCUUGUCCCACUGUCAGAUUUUUCUACUUAUUUUAAGUGAAAAUUUACCUGAAACAGGUGAAAAUAGUUUUUUUUUAGGUAAAAAAUAUAUUUAAUUAUUUCAGUAUUUAAUUCAUUAUUUCAUUUUGACGAGUGAAACUGACAGUUGACAUUUCAUGAUUCACACGCGACGAAAUAAUUAAUUAAAUGUGUCAUUAAUUAAUUAAAUAUUGAAAUAAUUGAAUAUAUUUUUUUACUUAAAAUGAAUUGUAUUUUAAUUCAUUAAUUACAUAUUUCAUUCCAAUUUUAAUUAAUUAAUGACACAUUUAAUGAAUGAAUGAUAUAUUUAAUUCCCAUUUUAAUGAAUUAAUGAUGUAUUUAUUUAUUUAAUUUUGGCACUAAAAAUCCUCCAGCUGGAAAUGCUGCCACACUUUUCACAUUUUCUGCCUUUUCUUUUAGUAAAAAUCAAACAUAUCCGUCUCUUCUUCUUUCCGUGCGCGGCGUCAGUGCGUUGACGCAUUAAACAUAGUCCGGGAGAAAUAACAGAUUUGAGCUGGAAAACUAAAUGAUUCCUGGAGCCAGAGAACAUUCCUCCAUUUUUUGUAAUCGAAUUACUCCAAUUAUUCGAAGAAUCGUCAAAAUUGUACUUCAACAUUAAUCUCCACAAUUCAACUUUUUUCUCGACAUUCCAACUUUUUUCUCAAAAUUGUACUUCUGUACAACUAACUUGUACUGGAAGUUAGUUGUUGAAGGAAGAAUCGGCAUUAAUGCCGUAUUAAAUUGAUUUGAAUGAAUGAGUUGAAGUGGAACAGAUCUGUGUUUUUAUCUGGCGUUAUUUUGCUGUGUAGUUCCGUCCUCCCGCCAGCAGGGGGAGCUGCUCUACUGGUUGAAGUUUCCUGUUGUUCUUGAACCUCUAACAUCAGUUUUUAUGUUUUUCUGCUGGAUUGUUGUUGCUGUAACAGAUGAAUGGAGAAGAAGAGCCAGGAGUUACAAUAAAAACAUUUCUAUUCACUUUA